UUUUAAAAUUCCUUCCCGUACCAAAAAAUGUCGGAAAAAGAGCGAAAUAUAGAAAAUCUGUGUCGAAUUUGUCUCCAAGACCUUCCCCGACGAGCUGCAUCCGUGCUCCGUUUCACCGAUUUCCUGCCCGACUUCAACGUGAGUUACGAAGAUGCCUUCAAAACGACCACGGGACAUCUUGUUCUUGCCAAUGAGCCGCAAUCGUUGUGCAAAAAAUGCAGCGAAAUGAUUUUUUUCGCUUACAAACUGAAAAAAGUCUCGGAAGAGACCCAAUCUGCAUUAGAGGAGCUACUGCCGAAGAUCGACGUUGCUUUAUUAAAAGUUGAAAUGGAUGAUUUUGAGCCUACCGAAGCGUUUGCGGAUGAAAAAGUUGCGGAAUCUGAGUCUGAGGGCAGUGACAAAGACGAUUUCGAGGAAAAAACCUUGUUUAAAUGCGAUUUUUGUGUCAAAACAUUUCACGUACGAGGUUCUUUGAAUGCCCAUUUGAAGGAAAAACAUGCGUCGGAACAUGCUUUCGAAUGCGAACACUGCAAAAAACGAUAUUUGACGGAAAAACAACUUGAUACGCAUCAAAGGUACUGCAUUAAGCGUCCAAAAGCUUCUGGCGAGUCUCGACAAAAGUACAUUUGUCCCUUUUGUGGUAUCCUGGCGAACAAGGAUCACAUCAAGAGUCACGAAAAGGCCGAAGAAGCGCAGCAACAAACAUUUAUUUGCGAUUUGUGCGGCGCUACGAUGUCAUCUCGCACCACAAUCAACAACCACAUGCGUUUCCAGCAUCUGAAUAUCCGCCCAAAAUGCCGACAUUGCGGAAAUACCUUCAAAAAUCCGAGUUCUCUUGCGCGUCACAUUCGUCGUCAUCACCGGAAAACCAAAACGAUGCGGUGUCGUCAAUGCAAUUUCACAACGACGAAAGAAUCGGAGCUGCGACGACAUCGUUACGCGCAUACGGGACGAAAAACCAUAAAAUGCGAGGUCUGUGGCUUGGAAUUCAUUCAAAAACACAAAUUGAAAAUUCACAUGGCGUCACAUUCGGAUGAGCGACCCUUCCAUUGUGAUACUUGCGGAUCGGCGUUCAAGACAAGAAAAGGCCUGGGGGCGCACAAAAAGACACAUAAAGCAUACGAUUACGAAUGUCCCGUUUGUCAACGAGCUUACCUGACGAACCAAUUGAUGCGAAGUCAUGCGGAGAAAAAUCAUCCGGAAUAUCAGUUGCCGCCGCCCGGAACGAUUUUCAGCAAAAGUUGGAUUAAGAGGAUGGCAGAACAGAAAAUUAAAGACAUGGAAGAGUUGGAUGGCGUGAAGCCGGAGGAGAUUGUUACGCAGGAUUUGACUCAAGUGCAAUAUUUUCAGCCGUACUUUAAGUAUUGAGAAAUAAGAAAUUAUUUUUUUUUAGUGUCAUUAAUUUUAUUUUUUUUUUCUUAUAAGACUAAGCAAUUUGAGUAAAAAUGUUUCACAUU